AUGAAAUAUUCCACCACCACCACCAAAACAAUCACAACACAACAAUUACCUAAAAGAAGAGGUAGACCAUGUACUAGACGAAUUGAUCCAUCUAUACCACUCAUGACAAUUACCAGAACUGAAAUUAUUUCAAAUUCAAUUGAACAACAACAAUCAAAUAAUCUUGAAAAAUUACUUCCCUAUGAAAAUCAUACAACCAUUCAACCUCUGAAAUCCAAAACCUUAACUAAUUCCAAUAUUAAUAAGAGAAAGAGAUCUUCAAGUAAUUCAACAAUUACUAAUAAUACUUCAUAUAAUAACAUUGAUUGUAUUCAUCAACCAUUGGAAAAGAAAAGUAAAUUAAUUGAAGAUUAUAUUGAAUCCAAUGAUGCAACAUCACCACAACUUGCAUUGCUAUCAAAGCCAAACCAUCAACAAAGGAGUAGUAGUGAUAUAAAGGGAGUAAUUUCACCUCCAAAUAGAAAAAUUAUUAGGACAUCCAUUUCAAUCAAAGACUUAUUAAAUUGA